AUGCAGCGAUCGGAGCGAGCGGAGCUAGCGGUAGCUAACGAGAUUGGCUACAACGGUGUCAUCAGUGCCUGUGAGAAGUCGGCGAAGUGGGAGCUGGCACAGGCCUUGCUGGGCAGCUGUCGUCACAGAAGGCAAGCCAGCUGCAUCGGCUACAACGCAGCGAUCAGUGCCUAUGCAAAGGCAGACGAGUGGCCUGGUGCACUUUGUUUAUUAAGGACGAUCAUUGACAUGCGUUUGUUCGAAGACGCAAUUCCAUUCAAUGCCAUGAUGGCAGCUCUGGAAUCUGGCGGAAAGUGGGAGCUUUGUUUGCUGCUCCUCGGGGACGUUGAAAAUCUGCGUAUGCAGCCAGAUGAAUACAGCUACAACGCGGCGAUCAACGCAUGCAAGCAGAACGUGCGUAGUUUCUCAACCGGGUCGAAAGCUGUGAGGGUGCAAAUAUGCACGAUUGGUAUGGUUGUUCUUGGCUGGCAUUACAGUCCAGUUGUGCUAUGGGGUUGGACGCUCGUUGUCAUGGAGGGCGUCACGCUGGAGUUCCGCAAAGCAUGGCACGACUUCUCGAAGAUGAAAAUCGACUGGCAAAGUCUUGGUCGCCGAUCUCUUCCGUUUGUGGCGGCCAGCGCUCUGAGCACAGGCGCGCUCAUCUUGUGGAAGCAGCAGGUGCCUCCAAAAGCUGACCUUCUUGCGACAUCUUGCACUUUCAGGUGCGCGGCUGAUACGCUGCCAGGAGUGGCGGAGCGACUCCGUAGUGCCGGUGCAGAGGCAGCGGAGGUCGCUGCGCUGCGGCUCGCUGCACGUCGGCUUCGCGGGCCCAUCGAGAGAGAUCUCAUGCGCUGCCAGCUAGAAGAAAGGAAGCUUCAACAGAUCCAGGAUGUUCGAGCGCUCUAUGCGCGAUUGGUUGAGGAGUGGAGGCAAGCUGGCUUCUUCCGAGAACCAUUUGAAGCAAAGAGGCCGCGGGCCGCCAACUCAGGGAUCGACCUCGUGACGCAGAUCGAUGAGUCCUACGGACGAGACAUCGGCAGCGAGGUGCCCCUGUGUCUUCUCGCAGAGACGGAGAAGGUUGACACAGAUCCUGCGAGUGUUCCGCGGUUUCUCCCUCCAGAGGAAUGGUCCGCCGCCGCCGAUGCUUUGGAAAGGCACGGUGUGGCAGUGUUGAGAGGAAUGCUAACAUUGAAGGAGGUGGGCGAGCUGCGCGAGCGAGUCCACCUCCACAGUAGUGCGAUGGACAUCGCUCGAAGUAGAUGCCCUCCAGAAGUGGUGCCCGUGCGUGAGUUCAAUCAUGAAGCUCUGCAGGCCGAGGAUGAGGAACUCGAACCUUUCAUGUCGGCACCCGGUCGACAACACUACUACCUUCGUGGGAGAAUCUUCGAAGAGGCCGUGCGGGCAGCGCAAAGGGCGGCCAUUCCGCUGGUUUGGGAGGUCUUGUGCCGCCAGCACACCGCGGCAGGUUUCCUGCAGACGACGAAGCCGUAUGUCUCUGAGGUCCAGCUGAUGACCUCGGAUCCUUGUGCCACAGACCAGUUCUGGCACAUGGACAACACAGCUCCCGGCUUGACUCUGGUGGUACCUCUGACUGCCGUUCCAGAGGACAUGGGUGCCACCUUGGUGCUGCCCGGCUCCCAUCGUCUUUUCGGACAGGAGCUGGGUUUCUUCGCCAAGACGCGUGCCUUCAUGUCUUCCUUGCUGCUGGCAAAUUCUCGACCCGCUGUGACUCUGGAGCCAGGAGAUGCCUUCUUGUACGACUCGAGGCUCCUGCACCGCACUGCAGCAAACCGUCGCUACGAUCGUAUGGCUGCGGUGCUGGUCUUUCGCUAUGAUUACGAGAGGCCUCCUGGAAUUGGGCUCUUGGGGUCGCAGCUGUUCUCCUGGUGUGGCAACUUCUUGUCAGGCUGGCAUCCGCCUGAAGCCCGGUGGGCCCCCUUGGGCUACGAUGCUGACGUCGGCUGCAAAGCCUUGGACCAAAUUGAUGGUGCAGACGCAGGAAACAAAGAGCUGAUACAAGUGCGGCAAGAGUUCAUGUUGACAGCCAUGCGGACGUAUUUGCAGGCAGUGAGAGACAGAAGGCCUGCGGUGCUUGAAAACAAGGAGCCCAUGCCCAGAGCAAAGAUACUAGAAUUCUUCGAUGUCUGCAACACGAGGAUGGAUCUGCCAGAGACGCACAAGGAGCUUCUGACAUACAUAGAAGAGCAGAAGAAGAUUCCGAACGAGCUCAUCAUCUCAAUACAGAGGGAGCUACUAGAGGAUCUGGGAUUCGAGCAGGAGCAUGGCUGCGCCGUUUUGUCAAGAAUUGGGCAGGAUUACCCGAAUGACGUCGAGGUGACUCAGAAGAUGAAAAUCUGGAAGUCCAAAGCAGAGCAAAGCUGCCUGAGAGCUGUGAAGGCACACCAGGAUGCAGGAGGCGAGGCGCCGGAAAUGCCAACGACGCCUGUGGUCGACAAAGACCUUGCACUGGCCAUGGAGAAAGUCAUCCCAAAGGCCAAGGAGGAGGUGAGCAAGAUGUCGGAAGACGAGAAGCAGGCAUUUCUGGGAGAGAAGGCCAUGAAAAAGCUGGAGGUUUUCCAGGGCCUUCCUCCAGAUGGCAGGCUGGCGUGGGUGAAGCGUCUUUCCGACGAGGACAAGGUGGAGUUCCUGAAAACUCAGAUGCUCUUCGUCGAGAACCUGAAGAAACAGAUGCAGGCAGGGCAGCAGGUGCUGAAGAUGAAAGGCGGUUACAAUCCGGCGCCCUGCACCAUGGAGGAUGCGCAGGGCCCGAGCAGAGCGCCGGCUCAGGAGCAGAUGAUGUAG